GCCAUUAGCUGCGCGGAAUCCGUACGAGCAACAGCAAUAUGAUUCGAGUGACGAUUGUCGUAUUGACGCUUUUCUAUGCGUUAUGUUGUUUCACGCCCUGUCUUGCCUUCAAAUUUGAUAAUUGCGGUUCAACAUUAGGUACAUUCACAAAAGUGGUAAUCUCCGAAUGUAGUACGUCCGAUGAAACAUGUAUUUUUGUGCGCGGUACUAAUGCAUCUAUGUCUAUCAACUUUACACCUAACAAAGAUAUCUCGAUAAUCAACGCACGAGUUUACGGUGAAAUAAGUUUCCUUCCGAUACCUUUUCCAUUAAGUCAGCCUGAUGUAUGCAAGGAUCCUAAUGCUGGGAUCAAAUGUCCUUUACAUAAGGAUCAAGAAUAUCAUUAUACGACCACGAUGUUCCUGCAGAAGAGUUUCCCUUCGGUAAAUGUCAAGAUUAAGUGGGAGUUUGUGAAUGAGAACAAUGAAAAAAUAGUGUGCAUAGAAUUUCCAGCCAAAAUUAAGUGAUUCAAAGGAUAUCUCAACGAAUGGAAAAUAUAAAAAAAUGAAGAUUUUAUUUUGAUAGAGAUAUGAAAGUGCCAAUUUUUAAUUAAAUAUUUUGACAUAAAUUUAAUAUGUAAUAUUUAACUUCAAAUAUUGCCAUAUCAAAGCAUAUUAAUAUGAAAAAAUGAUGAGAAAAAUAAAUAUAAAAAUAUAAAUAAAUUUAAAAAGAACAUUUUGGUAUAUAUGCUUGUAUAUAUUUUAAAUAUCUUACUUUAAUUUUUUAAAAUAUUUAUAAACGAUUUAGAAUCUCAAUAAAUAAGUAAUACAUUA